AGUCACACUCUUACACUCUUCUUCUAUUUCACUUUACUCUUUUCCCUUCGCACAGAGAGAGAGCAAGACUCAGAAAUCAGUGAGAAGAGAGAGAUUGAGUGAAUCAUUGAAUCGGAAACAUGCCUUGCUUGAAUGUAUCAACGAACGUGAAAUUGGAAGGGGUGAACACUUCUCCGAUCCUCUCUGAAAUCUCUAAAGCUGUUGCCAACAUCAUUGGUAAACCUGAAGCUUAUGUUAUGGUUCUACUGAAAGGAUCAGUCCCUAUUUCAUUCGGAGGGAGUGUAGAGAACAGCGCUUUUGGUGAGCUAACAUCUAUUGGAGGUCUUAAUGCCGAUGUAAACAAGAAACUGAGUGCCGCAAUUGCAGCAAUUCUCGAAGAAAAGAUCUCUGUGUCCAAAUCUCGCUUCUUUAUCAAGUUCACUGACACAAAGGCUUCCAACUUUGGAUGGAACGGGUCCACUUUCUAAAGCCUUUCUGGUAUCUUGAAAUCUCUUUUAUUGUGAUUACGCUUGAUGCAUUCUUCCUCUCGAGACUAAAACCUGUGUAUCUAUUUAGCCAGCAUGUAUCGAUUGGGACAAAUUGUCUGUUCUAAAAUCUAAAUACUAAAACAUAUAAGAACCUAGAGAUGUUACUAUUAAAGCAUACUCAUUUUCUUAUGUUCCAUGGUGUUUCA